AUGGCCUGUAUCCAACAUUUUUGUUCUACUACUUUCUUUCUUGCAAUAAUUGCAUGCCAUCAAGUUCUAUUCACUGAAGGAAGACAAUAUCCCACACCAACAUCACUGGACCAAAAUUCAGUUGUUGUAAUUAAUUCAGGAAAUAAUUUCCGAACUACAGAAACAGGAAAUAGCCCUGGUAUGGGACAUUCCUCUAAAGGCCCUAAACCAAAUAAUUCUAAGCAACCAAAGACACUAAUUGGGGACACUUCCAGUACAGUUGAAGGAGAUGAUCGCGAGGCCACAGGACACAGCCCCGGUAUUGGUCAUUCUUCUCACAACGAUAAGAUUGGUCCUAAUUUCUAG